CGGCGGGCAUGAUAACAAACGCCCGGGGCUCCCACGCGGCUUGUUCGGCUGUGAGGACACCGCGGUGUGUACCACGACGGCUGCUCGCAAGCGGCGCCGCGCCAGCGCCUCGUCGGCCCGAGCGAUGGCGCUGUUCCGGGGAAUGUGGGGUGCGCUAAGGGCACUCGGACGCUCGGGGGCCGAGAUGUGCGCGGGCUGCGGGGGUCGCCUGCCCUCGCCGCUCAGCCUUGUCUGUAUUCCGAAAUGUUUUUCAUCCAACGUGAGUAAUCAUCCAAAGAAACCAAUGAGUUCAUACCUUCGAUUUUCUACAGAACAGCUACCCAGAUUUAAAGCUAAACACCCAGAUGCAAAACUUUCAGAACUGGUUAGAAAAAUUGGGGCUGCGUGGAGGGAACUACCGGAUGCAGAAAAAAAAGUGUAUGAAGCUGAUUUUAAGGCAGAAUGGAAAGCUUACAAAGAAGCUAUGAGCAAGUUUAAAGACCAGCUAACGCCAACCCAGUUGGUAUCUUUUGAGAAAGAAGGAAGGCAAAAACGUUUAAAAAAGAAAGCUUCAAUAAAAAAGAGAGAAUUAACUUUGCUUGGAAAACCAAAAAGACCUCGAUCAGCAUACAACAUUUAUGUAUCCGAAUGCUUCCAAGAGAGUAAAGAAGAGUCUUCUCAGGGAAAACUGAAGACUAUAAAUCAGGCUUGGAAAAAUCUAUCUAGUGAUGAAAGGCAGGUAUACAUUCAGCUUGCUAAAGAUGAUAGAAUUCGUUAUGAUAAUGAAAUGAAGUCUUGGGAAGAGCAAAUGGCUGAAGUUGGACGAAGUGAUCUCAUCCGACGCAGUGUGAAACGAUCAGAAGACAUCCCUGAGGAUUAAAAGAUAGAAGAUGGAGUUGUCUUUGUUACUAGGCACAAGAAACCAAUUAGGUCUCAAUGCCUUAAACUGUCAAAGUAGAAAGGAUAAGGUCGGUUAACACUUGAUAUUCAGUUCCUUUUUCUGUAGCCCAUGGACUUCUGCCUGUUGAAUACAUUCUGUUAUAAUCUCAAGCCCUGACAGUGGAAGAUCUUGCAGAGUUCUGCGUUUUCCUUAAGAACUGGGGAUGAGACUACCCGUGCAUCUGCAUGUAGUGGGGAUGAAUCAUUCUGGGUUUGAUGGAGGUAGAUAGACUGUGAAGUAACUUUUACACUCGUAACAGUUACGUGAGGUUUUGUGAAGUUUUUACACUGAUGACAAUACCAUGGGUGUGUAAAGUUUUUACACUGAUGACUGUUACGUGCAAGUGUGCCUCUUAUGUUCUGGGGCCAGAGCUGCUUUCACAGCUAUGGCAAAGCUGUGGCAUAACUGCACAUUCAAAGAAGCUGACUCAUUAGAUGAAGUGAUUCCUAGGGACAAAUCAUGUAUAGAGUUGAUGCUUGUACAUGCAAGUGAUUGCUGACAUCAUAACAGCUUUUUAUAGUAGUAGGAACAAAGAUUUACAAACCUUUUUCAUUAUUUUUUUUUCCUAAAGCAAAAACUAAAAAAAUAUGUACCAGGUCUAUGCAUAUUGUUUUUAUUGCAUAGAAUAAAAAUUCUAAUUUUCCAAACAUGUUUUCUGAAUUAUGUAUUUUAAGAUGAAUUAUUUGGUUAACAGAUUUUUUUUCUUGUAAGGAUUUUUUUUCCUGAAUUACUUUUUCAUGUGAGAAUAUUCACACAGCUUGUGUGGCUUAAAUUUUUAAAUGAGAAAUGUGAAAAAAACAAGUCUACAAAGUCAGAGAUCUGAUCAUUGUCCAUGACUGCUAACAGAGAGCCAGCUGCUGAGCUGACCAGGUCCAGCCACUGAUUGACUGCUUUUCAGAGCCUAUUCAUUAGAAAUGUAUUUAUAAUUUAAAUAGGUUUUUAAAAAGAAAACCAUGAAUGUGAAAAUUAACAUGCUCUUUAGUGUUUGUGGAUAGAAUUGGAAGACAGCCAUAUGCUCUCUCGGGUUUGGUAUGUUGGGUGCUCUGCUUCAGGAACUGGGCUGGGAAGCUCCCGCGUGCACACGUGGCCCUGUGCAGAUAGUUUUCCACCAUGGUUUGUGGCAUGGUGUAGUGUAGCUACUGUGCAUGAAGGGCUAGUUUUCUCAGCUGUCCUUGAUGUUCUUGUGGAACUGUCGUCCUGUCUUAGGGUCGUCACUGGGUCACUGUAAGCCUAAUUGUGCCUGUGCUAGCAAGGGAAAUAGUCUUUAAUUUCAAGUAGUGGUUAGUGUGGAGCAAAAGGCCAUGUUGUAUGAAAUGAAGCCCUCCCUCCUCAUUGUUCCUGUAGCCCAGAAGCAUCUUUCCACCUUUGAGCUGGCACAUCACAAGCCCACCAAGCUAUGACUCUUGAGCAUCUGUUCUGUUUUAGAGAACAAGUAGUUUCAAACCCACACCACUGAGCAGACCUCAGACACUGGGUAACAGAGUUGGCACUCAUGUAUUUGAUGUUUUGAAGAUGAUCAUAGAAGGUGCACUUAGAACUCUAGAGGACUCAGGUGUUUCUCUUUGCUUUGUUCAUGGGAAAGUAAGUUUGAAAUCACUGAACUACUGAAGGUAGGAACAGAGGAACACACGGAGGGGAGAUGUGAAGGAAGCUUGCCUAGACUGCAAGGCUUUCAAUUCUAUUUCUAGCACUGCAACUCUCUGAUAGGUAAUCAGAAUUUUGAAGAUGAAUUAAAAAAACAUAAUUUUCCCCAGUGCAUUCAAAUUCAGGCCUGAUUUUUCCCUUGUUGAAGUAGAUGGCAUGGCAUGAGUUUGAAGCCAGAGUAGUUUGGAGGUGGGGGAAGAGGCCAGGGUGAGCGGUGUGGUCACAUUGUUAUCUUCCCAAAUGCAAUUCCAGGAGAGGCUUUAACCCUGUAUUCCCACAGUGUUGUCUGGAAGGGAACUGAUUUGUGCUGUCCCCGUGUCUCAGCAUUCAGAGUGGCAGGUGCUACAGUGAUGCAUGGUUGUGCCACGGGUCUCAGAGCUCUAGCUGUGUAACCACUUAACUCAGAUCUACCUUUUCGUGAUGCUUGCUUGAAUUUGAUUUUCAUUGUUUGUAAGAGAAGCUCACUGUUAGUAGCUUUCCAUCCCUCCUCCCCCAUACCUCCUUUAUUUCCCUCACCCUCCUUUAAAGACUCUGUGUAGAUAAAUCUGGCCUCGAACUUACAGAGAUCAGCCUGCUUUGUCUCCCAAGUGCUGGGAUUAAAUAAGUGUACACCACACCUGGCGUCCAUGCCACUCCUUCACGCUUUUUUUAAAUUCAGUAAAUGUUGAGAAUGGCCUACAAUAUAGUUGUACACAUUGUUUUUGUUGUCAAGGAUGAGAACACAGCAUCAGUAAUCAGUGGCUUGUUUUUGUUGUUGUUGUUUUUGUUUUUUCAACAACAAAGUAGUUGCCAAAGGGGCUGAAAAAGUACUGGAAGGAACUGAAUGGAUGAGGUGGAGCUGUGUCUGUACAACAUUAGGUUGCUGUGUGGGGACUUUGUGCUUCUGAGGUUGGAGUAACAGUGUUAGGGUGUCUGAUCGUUGAGGUCUACAAAGACUUGGUGCUAAUUAUACUUUCUGAUGUUUAUAUAACAUUGCUGACAGCCUGCUCUUCUGGCUAGCUCCUUUUUUGGCAAUGCCCUUUGUGGUGGUUGAAGUAGGUAUGACCCCCAUAGACUCCUGUUUGAAUGCUUGGCCCAUAGGGAGUGGCACUAUAAGGAGAUGUGGCCUUGUAGUCACUGUCACUCUGGAGGUGUGUUUUGAGGUCUCACGCUCAAGCCACUCCCAGUGUGACAAUUUUCUUGCUGUUGAUUGUGGAUCAUUUAGAACUCUCAGCUCCUCCAGCACCAUGUCUUCCUGCAUGCCGCCAUGCUUCUCGCCAUGACAAUGAUGGACUAAACCUCUGAACUAUAAGCCCACCCCAAUUACAUGUCUUCCUUUAUAAGAGUUGCCGUAGUCAUGGUGUCUCUUCACAGCAAUAGAAACCCUAACUGAGACACCCUUAAAAACAACAAAAAACCCUAGUUGGUACCAGUGUGUAUUUCUAAAUUUAAAGGUUGGUAUUAGUAUAUUUUAAAUGGAUUUAAGGUAGCUAGAAAAAUCUUCCUGGAGUUCCUCACAUUCACUGGACCACCAGGAGGCGCCAAAACAGCAGCUUUAAGGUAGAUAGCACCCAUCAAUUCUGUUUAGCCAUCUUCAAGAACCUUCUUUUCUUCCCUAACGGCAACUCUCCCUCCUUUAUCACACUUGGCACCAGCCUGUCACUGAUAAGUUUGGAAAUGUUAUAACAGUGUUUGUAUGUUUUGAAGUAUAAACAAUACUUUUUUUAUAAUUGAACUUAGAAAAUAAAAUGAAUUUAUUACUCUGAA